AUGGCAGAUUUAAAAGAUUCUGCAGCUUCAAACAAUAAUAUUAGUAAUAUAAUAAUAAAUAUGGACAUGAAUUCGAUAGAUGAUAGUCCUGUAAUUGUUCAAAGAUCCCAUAAUAGUAAUGAGAAUAUUGUGGACAAGAGACAAUCUAACACAAUUGAAAAUUCCGAAUCACAGCAAAAUGAUGUGAUUAAGUAUGAAAGCAACGAUAUUCUUCAAUUAGAAAAUGUCAUAUUUAACCAAUACAUUUUAGAUCCAACAAGCAUAAACACUUCUCCAACUAGCAAACUUGAUACAGUAAUCCCACAAUUAGAUGGUGCCAUAACAACUCCUUCUUGUUUAACCUAUUUCGAGGUACAGAAUCAAAGCAAUUCAAUAAACGGUGGUCAUAGCAAUAAUUAUAGGCCCGUCGAUGAUAAAAUCUUCCAUAACUAUCUUUAUGCAGAUAAUGUUGAUAUAUCACCAUCCAAUAAUAACAACACUAAUUCUAUUCAUCAAUUUAUUCCACCAAUGGUAACUACUACUGUACCCUCCAAUAAUGCACAUUAUUCAAUUGAUGAGAAUGUAAUAAGGAUAGAUAAAUCUACCUCCUCAGUACCCUUACCAACAAAAAAUAAUAGUACAAAUAUAAACGUGAAUAAACAAAUAUCGAAUGAAACAAAUCCAUCAGAUUACAAAUCUGUACCAAAUCUAAUGGAACAAAAAUUUAAGACUUUAAUAGAAGAGACUUUGACAUUCGGACGUACUAAAGAAAUUACAUCUAGAUUUAUUGAUCCAAUUAAUUAUUUGAAUUUAGACGAAUCGACUUUAUCAUAUAAAUUAACUUUACAAGGUUUACCACAAGUUACACGUGUAGAAAAUCAACUGAAAUUAUCCUUGAUUCUAAGUCCCUUAAUAAGUGAUAAAUAUUUAAUUUAUUUGCCAAUUGACUCAAUAACACGUGAAAGGUUCUAUCUAUCAAAUGAUAUCAUUACAUAUCCUAAAAGCUUACAAGAACAAUUGCUCUACUUGGAUGCUUUUGUUUUAGACAAAAUGACAAAUAAAAACAUUGAAGUAUGUAUGAAAUGUGUAAAUAGAGAACAAAGAAGAGCAUCCCGUAGAAAAUCGAAGAUUAGUGAUAACCUUUUAUGGUGUAAUAAUAAGAAUAGAAGAGCCAUCAUUUUCAAUAACAAACAAAUUUCAUUAAUUGAACAAAUAGAUUCUAAUCACAAGAAGAUUGAAUUGACAACUAGAAUUGUUUGUUAUUGUAGACAUCAUAAAUCAGAAGAAGGUUUUAAAUUAUUAUUUGUUAUUAAAGAUUUUAUGGGUAACGUCCUAGCUAGGACUAUAUCAGAUCCAAUUAUUAUUACUGAUAGGAAACAACAAAUAUUAGAAUUGGCCCAAAAAAGUGCAAAUAAUAAGACAAAUGCUUCAAAUCCUCCUAUGGCAAAUGACAUACCAACAUUAUCUAACUCUGUUUCCUAUAACCCUCAUUCAGAUAUACCAAGCAAUAUAAAUUCUACUAUAAAUCCGUCAUCAACUUUCAAUGAAAGUUCUACUUCAAACUCAACAACUCCAGGGCACUAUUAUGACAAUAUAGAUCAUCCUUUCCAAGUGGUUAACCAAUUUGGCAAUUCAGAUCAUAAUUUAAGUACCCCACAACAAAAACAAAACUUUCCUAACAUUUAUCUAUCUCAGCAAAAUUUUACAUAUUCACCACAAACUCAGCUCAAUAGGAAUUAUAAUGUAGUUCAUGAUCCUUCAGGCAAAAAAAUAAUACCAUCACCAACCUCAAUGAGUGAGGACGGCUCUGAGACAAUUGCAACGGAGUUGUUGUACAAUAAAAAUAACAAUCCAAGUGUCAACUCUUUGACAUCGUCAAAUGACAUACAUGGUAAUUCAAGGAAAAGAUCCAGAGUAAGUAUGUCAGGUGUUACUAACCCAAGCAAUUUAAGAAGACAAUAUUCUGCUAAUGUGCAAAACAAUUUACACAAUAUGAGUGACAUCAAUCUUCGGCAACAGCAACAUCAGCAACAAUUGCAACAAUUUAAUUUACAAAUGUCCAAUAAACCAUCCAUUCAGCGUAUUAUUCCAUCCAAAGGACCCAUCAGUGGUGGUAUAGAAGUUACUUUACUUGGAGCUAGAUUUAAACAAGGCUUAAUAGUAAAAUUUGGUAACAACAUUGCACUGUCCACUCAAUGUUGGAGUGAAACAACUAUUUUGACAUAUUUACCUCCUGCCACGAGUGCAGGUCAGGUGUAUGUUACAUUACAUGAUCCAAAUAAUCCAGACAAUGGAGAAGGUAGCAUCAAUAAUAAUUUCCCUGAUGGUAUGAGUAUGAAUUCUAUCACUCAUCCUUCCCAAAAAGCUAUUUUCACUUAUAGAGAUGAAUCUGAUAGACAAUUGAUUGAAUUAGCAUUGCAAAUUGUUGGGUUAAAAAUGAAUGGGAAGUUGGAAGAUGCCAAAAACAUUGCAAAAAAAAUUCUAGAUGAUGAUAAUAGAAAUUUAUCUGCAAAUCAAGAUCAGUCAGUAAAUGAAACUAAUACUAAUAGUUAUUGUACAUUAAAUGAUUCUUCGAUGGUUGAAAACGAUGAACAAUUGAUAAUUAAAGUUAUUCAGUCAUUAAAUAAUACAACUUCUAAUUUAUCAAUGUGCAAUAGUGAAGGACGUACACUAUUACAUUUGGCAGCUUUAAAGGGCUAUCUGAAACUUUCUACUGUUCUGAUAAAAGCUGGUGUUCAUGUUGAUGAUAGAGAUAAAUUUGGUUUUACUCCAUUACAUUUUGCUGCAAUUGGUGGUAAUUAUAAAGUUAUUAGGUUAUUAUUAACAUGCCAGUCUAAUCCAUUGGCAUUAUCAAAUAAUGGAAUGACGGUUAGAAGACUGUAUGAAGAUAAUCAUAUAUCAGAUCCUGAGUAUGAGAAUGUCAUUGAUAUAUUAGAAUAUUACAUGGAUUCUGAUAUUCCAUUAAUAUCAAGAAGAAUAUCGCAAACCAGUUUUGACUCUAAUAUUUCCGCCAGUCAUUCUGAAUUAAGCCUAAAUGUGGAAGGAGAGCAUGUAUUACCGGAUAAUUUUAAUAGCUUUCAUGUCAUUUCAGAUUUGGAUCAAAGUUAUGAGGAGUAUGAAGAAGAAUUCAGUUUUAGUGAUGAAUCAGAAAUAACCUAUUCAAGUAGUGAUAAUGAUGAAAAUAUCUCUGCUUCAUUUGACAUCUCAGAGGAAUCUUCUGCAAGUGACACUGAGUCUUUGGAUUAUGCAAGUUCUAUGGAAUUUGACGUUGAAGUACCAACAGGCAAUUCUAACGAAAUAUCUAAUAAUGAGAAUGAUAAUACAAGUAUUAUGAAUGGAUCGAUGUCUGCAUGGAACAGAUUGUUGACUAGAAUAAAUGAAGAUUUACCCAAAUAUGAAGAUUUAUAUCCAAGGAAUUGGAUGAAUUCAAAGCCCAAAGAUACUACACAGGAAAUUAUAAAAGAUUCUUCCAUUGUUGCAAGGAACAGAAGAACUUCUGAAACUAUAUCAAUUACUUCUCAAAUGACAUCAGAAGAUGAUGAAGAUGAUGCUAUUCAAAAGAUAUUUAACCAGUUCUUCCAGACGAAUAGAUUAGCUAUGCAUAAGGAUAAAAUGUUAUUCUUUUUUUGGUUACCUGUUAUGGUAUUAUUAUUGGUUUGGGUUUUCUGGUUACAAUUUAAUAAAGAUAGCAAUAAUGUGGUUAGUAAAAUCAAUGGAUUGGUUCAGCAUUAUGUGGCGAUGGGGUUAGCAAAGAUUGUGCUUGGCAAUCAAAGAAUGAAAACUGUGUUCAGAAACAGUUUUAAUAAUUUACAAUCUUCAGGAAUACUGAAUGAUUUAAUAGUGGGAUAG